CUUCGGGGGGGCCAAAAGAAAGCCAGUUGUAGAGGCGCAGGAACGAGGCUGUGAUACCCUCACACACACUCCCACUCACUGCACAUACAGAAGGGAGGCAGGCACACCUCCAUUUUGGUCAGCGUCCAUUCUUGAUGUUUCCCUUCGUGGGCGAAUGAUGACUUGGUAGUUUGUGAGCUGUGGCUUCUGUUUUGUUUCAGAGUUUGACUUUGUCAUCUCCUUCACUGGAAUUUCAUUUUUCUUUCUGGACUCUCAACUCUCGAACCCAAUGUUGACCGAAGCGUGCGGCGCCAUGUCGAUGGGCUCGGACGGUCGAGAUCUGACUCUCCUGUCUCCAAGCCCCCAGGUGCCCUCCUUAGGCGGGGCAGGAGGUGGCUGUGGCCAGUGGACACAACUGUUGGACCUCCAUCCCGGCUCUCCCUAUAACUCCCUGUCCUCCCACCACUCCCUCAUCAAGCAAGAGCCGAGCUGGGGGACCGCUGACCCUAUGGAGGAUCCCCACUGCGGACUCGGGGCCUUCACGUUGCACUUCUCAGGCCAGUUCACGGGCUCGGGUCCUUGCCGGGUGGGGGCCUUUGGAGAGACAGCGGCGAGCCAGCCCAGGGUUUUUCCCAGUGGAACCUACCUCUCCGGCUGUGUGGACAGCCCCCCUGCACCUAGGAACCAAGGUUAUGGUGCAAUGGGCUUAGACGGGAACCCCAGUUACCCUCACACGACGUCCCACCACACCCCUCAGCUCUCCAGCCUGUCCUUCAAGCACGAGGACACACUGUCGCCACCCAACAACAUUGUUGAACAGCAAUACCAGCCUCCUCCUCAUCCUCCCCCUGCCCCUCCUGUAUUCGGGUGCCACAAUCCUGCAGAAUCCUGCCCAAGCAACCAAGCACUACUGUUGAGAAACUACAACAGUGAUAACCUGUACCAAAUGGCGUCUCAGCUGGAAUGCGUCACGUGGAACCAGAUGAACACGCUUGCGUCUUCCAUGAAGAGCAGCCACACGACCAGCUAUGACAGUGAUCCCAUAGCCCCGCCCCCGCCCAUGCUGGUGAGCGCCCAGUACCACAUUCACACACAUGGCGUCUUGAGGGGGCUUCAGGAUGUAAGACGGGUUCCCAGUCUCGCGCCCCCAGUUGUAAAGUCAUCCGAGCCUGUUGAGAAGCGUCCUUUUGUGUGCGCCCAUCCCGGCUGCAGCAAGAGGUACUUCAAACUUUCGCACCUGCAGAUGCAUGGAAGGAAACACACGGGGGAGAAGCCAUACCAGUGUGAUGUCACAGAAUGCGGCCGCAGAUUCUCUCGCUCAGACCAACUGAAACGACACCAGCGCAGACAUACAGGAGUGAAGCCCUUUGAGUGCGAGACGUGUCAGCGAAAAUUUUCACGGUCAGACCACCUUAAGACUCACACUCGGACUCAUACAGGUAAAACAAGCGAGAAGCCGUUUACGUGCCGCUGGUCCAACUGUCAAAAGAAGUUUGCCCGCUCCGACGAGCUGGUGCGCCAUCACACCAUGCACCAGAGGAACCUGACCAAGCUGCAGUCUGCCAUCUGAGCAAGGAAGGUGGCGAUGCCGUGUGCCAGCCAGUAGAGCGAGAGAGCCAGGUCAAAGGUUGUGGUGGCUUGCCAAAUGUGCAUAAGUGGAGGUCACAGCUGAUGCCAACCCACCUCGACCACGACGCAUUGGCAUGGUCCGCAAGAUGCAUCUCAGCCAAAACUCUUAUUGGGUCAUUUCCACUGAGAGAUUAUUACCACUUUAUAACUGAGCCCAGGAUUAAAAAAAAAAAAAAGACUAGACACAAGGAAACAGUUGUUUGUCUAUUUUUUAUAUCAUAGCACACUUGCAUUGUUAUUCGUUUUUCUCGUACGGAAAUGUGCUGGAUCGUGUCAACUGGAUUUAGGAAAUGGACAGCGGUGACUUUUUGUUAUGGCGGAUGUAAACACACACAACACACGCCGAAUAACUUUGUACAUAUGUGAUGUAUAUAUCGAUAUAUAUGCUUACUUUUAUAGACAUUUUGUAUGGUGUAUGUUUUUUGUGUAAGUCUAUAAAUGCUGAUCUCCAUCCUUC